AUGGGAGAGCUGGAGUGGGGUGGAGGAGAAAGCUGCCCGGCUCAGAUGCUGGUGUCAACACGCGGCCGCUGCGACUCCCGGCCGCUGGGCGGCGCUGUGGGGCCCGGCCUGCAGCAACGACGAGGCUCCAGGCCGCGGGGAGGCGCUGUGGGGCGGCGAGAGUGGGCGGGGCCCGGGGCGCGCCCUGGCCGCGCCGGAAGUGGCCGCUGGUGGGCGCGCAUGGCGGCCGCGGCGGGGACGGCGGCCGGCAUGGCGGCGGGGGCCGGGGCGUCGCGCUCGCUGUCCCGCUUCCGCGGCUGCCUGGCCGGCGCGCUGCUCGGGGACUGCGUGGGCGCCGUGUACGAGGCGAGCGACGCCGUCCGCCUGACGUCAGUCCUGCAGCACGUGCAGGGCCUGGAGCCCGAGCCCAGCUCGCCGGGCAGCGCGCGGACAGCUUUGUACUACACUGAUGACACGGCGAUGACCAGGGCCCUGGUGCAAUCCCUGCUGGCUAAGGAGGCCUUUGACGAGGUGGAUAUGGCUCACAGGUUUGCUCAGGAGUACAAGAAAGACCCUGAUCGGGGCUAUGGUGCUGGGGUCAUCACUGUCUUCAAGAAGCUCCUGAGCCCCAAGUGUCGCGAUGUCUAUGAGCCUGCACGUGCCCAGUUUAAUGGCAAAGGCUCCUAUGGCAACGGGGGUGCCAUGCGGGUGGCUGGCAUCUCCCUGGCUUACAGCAGCACCCAGGAUGUGCAGAAGUUUGCCCGGCUCUCGGCCCAGCUGACUCACGCCUCCUCCCUGGGUUACAACGGCGCCAUUCUGCAGGCCCUGGCCGUGCACCUGGCCCUGCAAGGCGAGUGUUCCGGCGAGCGCUUCCUCGAGCAGCUGCUGGGCCACAUGGAGGAAUUGGAGAGCGACACUCAGUCCAUCUCGGAUGCCAGGGAGCUGGGCAUGGAGGAGCGCCCCUAUUCCAGCAGACUGAAGAAGAUCAGGGAGCUACUCGAACAGACCUCGGUGACCAGAGAGGAGGUGGUGUCUGAGCUAGGGAACGGCAUCGCUGCAUUUGAGUCAGUGCCCACUGCCAUCUACUGCUUUCUACGCUGCAUGGCGCCAGACCCCGAGAUCCCCUCUACCUUCAACAGCCUCCAGAGGACUCUCAUCUAUUCCAUCUCCCUUGGGGGUGACACAGACACCAUUGCCACCAUGGCCGGGGCCAUUGCCGGAGCCUACUACGGGAUGGAACAAGUGCCAGAGAGCUGGCAACAGAGCUGCGAGGGCUAUGAGGAGACAGAUGUCCUGGCCCAGAGCCUGCACCGGGUCUUCCAGAAAAGCCUGUGAAGGCCACCAUGACUGGGCCUCCUUCUUGCCAACAGGACCAAGCCCAGCUCAGUUGGCAGUCCCGAGAUGGUUUGCGCUGGGCUCUGUGCCCCAGCCUUCCUGCAGCUGGGUACAGAGGGCACCCCUGGGGCGGGAAGGGCACCUGGCACCACAAGUGAUGGGCCACAGCCUACCUGGUACUGUUAUCAGACUGCAGAGAUCCAGGCAUUCCUGAUCUGGGUUCGCUCUGAGGGCCAGGGCGAGUUUUAUUCUGGAGGAUCCUGUGGUGUUUUCCUUUAUCAAGGAUGUGGGUUGAGAAAGCA